CGUGUGAUGAUGAUGAUGUCCGGUAACUUGUCUAACGCGUCUCAGCUGGCCUGGACUCCUCCCUCUUUCACUCCCGCGGCUCAGGCUCGGGUAGCGGCGACCAUGAUCCUCUUCAUCUUCGCCGCGCUCAGUAACCUAGCGCUCUUCAUCAGUGUGUGUCGCGGCCGGCGUCUGGCGUCUCACCUUCGACCCCUCAUCCUCAGCCUGGCGGCGGCCGACCUCUUGAUGACCUUCGUGGUGAUGCCGCUGGACGUGGUGUGGAACGUGACGGUGCAGUGGCUCGCGGGCGACGGCGUGUGUAAGGUCAUGUGUUUCCUGAAGCUGUUCGCCAUGCAAACCUCGGCGUUCGUGCUCGUGGUCAUCAGUGUGGACCGACACCAGGCCAUCCUGCGCCCGCUCGACUCGCUCGACGCGCACCACAGGAACAGGAGGAUGCUAGUGUCGGCCUGGAGCCUCAGCGCGCUGAUCGCAUCACCACAGCUGUUCAUCUUCAGGACGGUGAGAGCAGAGAGCGAGGACUUCACUCAGUGUGUGACACACGGCAGUUUCCGGGAGCGCUGGCAGGAGACGGCCUACAACAUGUUCCACUUCGUCACACUGUACGUGAUUCCCCUGCUGGUCAUGAGCUGCUGCUACACCUGCAUCCUCAUCGAGAUCAACCGGCAGCUGCACAAGAGCCAAGCGGGCGAGUCUCUCCGGCGCAGCGGCACAGACAUGAUCCCGAAGGCCAGGAUGAAGACGCUGAAGAUGACGGUGAUCAUCGUGGUGUCGUUCGUGGUGUGCUGGACGCCCUACUACCUGCUGGGCAUCUGGUACUGGUUCCAGCCGGAGAUGCUGACGGUCACGCCCGAGGCCAUCCAUCACCUGCUCUUCGUGUUCGGGAACCUGAACACAUGCUGCGACCCGGUGAUCUACGGGCUGUACACACCCUCCUUCCGUGCAGACCUCGCCCGCUGCUGCCGCCGCACACACACACACUCGCCACGCUCUCUGGAGCACCGGCACGAGGCCGACCCGCACAAGCCCACGUAACUACAUCUUGAAAAUCAAGUUGUGCUGGUCUUUUCUUCUCUAUUUCUUCUCAAUGUGGGCGGGGCUUGAUUUUGUCUGUUGGGAAUCCGAUUGGAUGGUUGUGGUUUUCCCUAGAGACAGAGCACAUUUAGGCCACGCCAACCAACCGUCUCCAUUGACUCUGUAUUGUGAGGCUGCCUCCUCGUCAUUCUGACUCACCCACAUCACUACAUCUUCCUGCUUGAAAGGGGAGUUGCGCUGGCCUCUUCUUCUCCACUGUAUCCUAUAUCCGAGGGAAAGGCUUUUGGAACAAGAACAAAUGUUGACGGGGCUUGAUUUUGUCUGCUUUUGCAGGGAGUUUGAUUGACAGGCGAUCUGACCAAUCAAAAUCCGCCAUCUGCCAAAUCCGCCAAUUUUUGUCCGACAAAGCAGUCAGGAGAGUUAGUAGAUUACGGUUGUGGACUUGAACUUGGGAAACGGUGUGUACUACUGACCUCUUUCCACGGUUGAAACAACAUUCUCUGAUGUUUAUUUGAUGCUGUAAGUGAACUAGAAGAGAUGAUCGGUUCACGAGGCGCUACAGCGAUCUGUCACGACACAUUAAAGAGCAUCAAAACGGUAUUUAUUAUUAUUUUAAAACAUUUUUUUUAAUGAAUAAAAUAAAAAAAUGUAGACCUUGUUUCAUAUCAAAAGUGCCUGGUCAGUGUUUGAGAGCGCAGUGGCUUGUCGGACAUAGCAACAGUAACUAAAGGAGGCGGGCCUUUGGUCAAUUGAUCACAGACUGUAAAUAUGGGCGUAGUGUGUGUGACGUCUGCCCAAACUGGCUUAACAACGACUCUAACGACUGCGAGGGAGUGUGUUUAUCAGAACGCUCUCGGACUCGAGAGCUGUGCAGAAAAGAGCUCAGAGCAGAUUUGCAGUUUUAGAAUAACUUCACAGCGGGGGAUUGUUAUUAAAGAGUCAGCUGGACGUGCUGAAACGUGUCACACACCUUCAGACUGUUGAUGUGUGUGUGUGUUUGCAUACAGUGUGACUGUUGACUGCGCAGCUCGCUCAGUCCCAGAGACGCCCUCACACUCGCAUCCUCAGGGUUUCGUCUCGUUUCCAGCUCACAUAUCCAAACACUCCUAAAUCAAUGUACAUUUCCUGGAGAACAAGCAAGAUCAUUUGAUAAGAAACUGAUCAAAAUUCUAUAAUUAAUUUAUGCUAAAAACAAGAACACAUCUGUCAUUGGUAUCAGGAAAAUAAACACGAUUCAAAGGGAAAACAAGUCGUUUUUUGUUUUUUCAGGUAGAUUAUUUCUCCAAAAGCAAGACUUCUUAACCUGUCAUUGUGCUUGAUCUGUUAAUGUGUCUUGAUCUAAAUGCUCUGAGUCUGCAGUUUUAUCAUUGCACAUUUCCAUGUGGAGGGUUGUGAAGUUGACUCUGACCAAUGGAUGUUGUGAUGAUGAUCAGUCAGCCAAUCAGAUCUGGUGACCC